AUGAUAUCUUCCUGGUGGAUUCAGUACCGCACCUUUCUAUGGAAGAUAGCCCUGCAGCGGCUGCGAUCGCCAGGGACAACACUCGCCGAGUUACUGCUGCCGUGUCUCUUCACACUGCUGCUGGCAUUGGGAUUCUGGCAGUCCACAACAACAAAGGUGCCGACCACAGACUACAGCGUUAAACCACCAACAAAUCUCUCAUCACUUCUACCAGCAUUCUUUUGUCAAAACUUCUCACAUCCUCAACGAUUUGGCAGUUCACUGCCCAUUGGACCUUGUAUGCCGCCGAACCCCAAUACGGUGUGCUUCCCCUUUGUUCGUGAUGGGGCCCUCUGUGUGCGGGAUCGAGAGUUAAUGGCGAAAGUGAUGUAUGGUGUCUACUACGCAAAGGGAUCUGUUGUCGUCCCUACAUUUGAUGCGUAUCUCGCAUUAUCGGCAUUUGCCACUUAUGAGGCGCGAAGAGCCAAUCCCACCUUUAUGAGCCGUACAGGGCAGGCAAGUCUUUCCCACUAUGGUCAUCUCUUAUUAGUGGGAAAUGGGAAUCAUACUGCCGUGGCCACAGAGUUUGCAGACUAUUGCAGUAAAAUGAGUACACUUUGCGGGGAAGUGGUUUACAAGGAUAAAAUAUUUUCAUCUAUGCAAGAGGCAGAAAACUUUGCAAGAGAAAACGAUGGUGAUGUAUGGGCUAUUGCAGAAUUACCUACACCUUCUACAGGUGUGAACAAGGAAGGAAAUAUCUUUACGAUAAGUAUGAAUUAUACAGCCACUCCAUGGACAUUUGAGUCCAGGAUGUCAUCCUUUACAAAAGGUCUCGGAGGAAAUGAAUAUAUGUUGUAUGUUACUAGUGGUUUCUUAACGUUACAGAAUACCAUUCAACUUUUCUACGCGCAACGUCGUGUUAACAGUACUGUAGCAACAACAACAACAACAGCAACGACACCUUCUAAUGCUUCAAGUGUAAAUCCCGCUGAGGUUUUUAACUACGUCAAUGCCUAUGGACCCACAUUAGUACCUAUGCCAACUCCAGCAUAUCAAGAUAAUGAUUUUUAUUCCAGCUGGGCAUACUUUAUGCCACUUGUCGCUAUGCUUGCCGCUCUUUUUCCAGUUGCCAAACUUGUGAGUUGGAUCGUUGAAGAGAAAUCUCAUAGAAUUCGUGAAUCUAUGCAAAUUAUGGGUCUUCGUUGGUCAUGUAUGGCCUUUGGAUGGUUUACUUCAGCUUUUUUUACCGAUAUCGUCGCUUCUAUUUUAGCUACACUGGUUCUACGUUUUAGUUUCUUCAGCUAUGUGAAUUAUGGAGUUUUAUUCAUUCUAUAUUUUAGCUUUAUGCAACAAAAUAGUGCUCUCAGUCUGUUUUUAAGCUCCUUCUUUACUAAUCCACGUGUGGCUGGAGCUGUGGCGGCGUUAACUAUAUUUGUCUGUUGUAUGCCACACUAUGCAACUCCUAAUGGUAUGUCUCUUGUAAGACUUUAUUCCAUGUGUUUUCUUCCUUGUGUAGCGUAUGCUGAGGCGUUUAGGCAACUCACUACAUAUGCUUCCUUUGGAUACUCAUACUCAUGGGCUAAUACACGUGAAGGGGAUUAUUCAGUUUCCAUAGCCAUUGGUUUAAUGUGGGCUUCAACUGCUUUAUUUCUUAUUUUGUGGAUGUAUUUGGAUCAAGUAUUACCUUCUUCCAUUGGCCGUCGUCGUCAUCCAUUAUUUUUUAUUCAACCACUUAUUAAACGUUUAUGCUGUUGCAGGAGGAGAAAAGAAGACGUAGUAUCAGGGGAGGUUGAAGUAAAUUCAUCUAGUGAAACACCAGUAAGGGGUUCACCACAACAACGGGCACAAUUAUUAGAUACAUCGGAUGAACGUUUUCCAGCUUUAUUUCGUAAUCUUCGUAAAGUUUAUGAAACUGGUGGUUUUAUUGGAUUUAUGUAUACUUUUAUUACAGGAUUACGUCGUGAUGGUGAUACCUGCGUGGCGGUAAAUGAUGUUUCUUUUGCGUUAGAACGUGGAAGAGUGAAUAUAUUACUUGGACCAAAUGGAUCUGGUAAAUCCACUUUGAUGGGUAUGGCUACUGGUAUGAUUAAACCAACAAGUGGAGAUGUUUUUAUUUGUGGUCACAAUGCAUUAUAUGAACUUGGAAAAUGCCAUCAAGAAAUUGGAUUUUGUCCACAAAAUGAUAUUGUAUGGAAUAAGCUUACAGUAGAGCAACAUCUUGCUUUCUAUGCUCGAUUGAAAAAUGGAAAAACAUGGAAUGUACAAGAAAGAGUAGAUAAAGUAAUUACUACUUUACAAUUGGAGGAAAAACGUCAUACUUAUGCUGAAGAUCUUUCUGGUGGUCAACGACGACGUCUAUGUGUUGGUGUUUCAUUGAUUGGAAACCCUAAAGUACUUUUCUUAGAUGAACCAACAGCUGGAAUGGAUGUACGAGGUCGAAAAGCUGUAUAUGAUGCUCUUCAAGUGGAUCGGGAAUCACGAGCUGUAAUGAUUUCUACACAUUUAUUAGAUGAAGCCGAUCGCGUAGGAGACCGAAUUCUUCUUAUGCAAAAUGGAGAAUUAUGCGGUGCGGGAUCAUCCCUCUUCUUAAAGUCAAAGAUGGGUGUUGGUUAUAUUGUCACUUGUGUGGUGGACACCUGCGAAUCGGAGAUGGAGGAGAAUCUUUACAUCAGUCGACUCACAGAGUUUGUACGCACCAAGGCAUAUCCCGGACAUUAUGAAGGGAAUCCCAAUGAAUUACAGACAAUUCCACCAGGAUGUAAAUUGUUGGGAAUUGAACGCCGUGGUCGUGAGAUUUCUUUCCGUUUUUCACUUUCUCUACUCUCAUCUGCGGGUAGUGUUAUUAUUCGCGCACUGGAGGAAGAACGGGAGAUGCUGCAUCUACAUAGCAUUGGCUUAAGUCUUACAACACUACAGGAAGUAUUGGAUUCUAUUAUGGACGAGGGAAAAGAAGAAAGGAAAUCUAAAAAAUCAGGGGCAAUGCAAACUUCAUCUAAGUGUCCAGGAGCAGAACAAGGAAUUUCUAUUCAAAUGGAUGGAAACAAUAUACGGGAACCUUUUCUUGGUACUCCUAUCGCUGGUGCUGAUGGUGUCUGUAUGGAAAAUGAAAAUGAUGAUAAUAAUGAUGGCAACUUUGGAAUAGAAUUGUCUGAAGUUGAUAAUGAUCAACAUUACUCAAGACAACACUCAAGCUCAUUUUUCUCACAUUUUGCUGCCCUCUUUAUGAAACGUGUACACUACGGCAAACGUGAUGUUCGUCUACUUAUAUUUCAGGUAUUGUUACCAGUUCUUUUCCUUGGUCUUGCACUUCUAAUUGAUCUUAUCAAUCCACCGAAACAACCUGGAAUUAUACUGGAUGCCUCACUUUACCCUAAUUAUAAUAAGCAACCCUAUUCAAUGAUUCCAUGGACGACUUCCUCUGAACUUCCAGAUGUAUUCGGUGUGGAAACGAGUGAUAUGUCUAAAGCUUUUGGGUCAUACUAUACACCAGUAAAGGUUCCAUGUACUGUAUCAAACUGCUCCAGUCCACUCUCACGUUCAAUGAUGCCUGAUUUGAUGAGUCAUGCGGCUACUCGUAAUGUUGCGAUAGCAUUAACAAGUCAGUUACCAAAUAGAAAUUUAACUGUUCCUACUUCUCUUCUUAUGCAUAAUGUUUCCUCUCCACAUGCAGCUGGACAGAGUCUUAACGUAUUAUACAAUGUUGUCAAUCACCAGUUAUUCGGUGAAGGUGUGAUGAUGACGGCACAGAAUCAACCAAUGGCUAUGGGACCUACGGAAGAAAAAAUGGUAGGAGCUUUACGUCGUGUUAUUUGUGGUAUCUUUAUUCUUUUACCAUUUACUUUUAUUCCCAGUAAUACUGUUAGUUUUACGGUUAGGGAAAAUCAGAGUGGUUCUCGUCAUCUUCAAUGGCUUGCCGGUGCCAACGUUUUUGCAUUCUGGUUAAGUUCUAUGCUUUUUGAUUUUUGUUGCUUCCUUCUUACAGAGGCUCUUGCAAUGGUAAUAUUUGUCAUUUUUAAGCGAACAGAAUUUAUUGGUAAUGCUCAAACUGUAUACGCAACUUUAGCACUUUUUUCGACAUUUGGGUUAAGUUCUAUUCCUUUCAGUUACGUUAUCAGCUUCUUCUUUAGCUCUCCAUUUGUGGCUCAGAAUGUUGUACUUAUCGCCAACUUUGUUUUGGGUUUCUUGUGGGUAAUGGGUGAACAAAUUAUUGGUGGAGUUCCUAGUUUGGAGAACUUUAUGCUAUACACAACCUACAUUCUCCGUGUUAUCCCAUCGGUUUCCUUUGGUGAAGGUAUGUUUAUUCUAUCUGGCGUUGAGUUAGCUAAUUUAUUUGUGCCAGAUCGUGAGCGUCCCAACCUCUUCAAUUUAUUAACCUUUGAAAAUGGAAAGUUUAAGGGAGGUAUUGGUACAGGACUUAUUUACAUGGGAGGUACUUUUGUGGUUUCCUUGUUGGUACUUGUGUUGCUUGAGUACGCCCGCGUGCAGCGUUUCCGCUGGUUCUUCUCCCGCAUCUUCUGCUGCUGUUCUCGUGAGUCCCAGACAACAUCCCUCGAUGAUGUUGAGACCAAUGAUGAGAAUAAUACGAAUGUGGAAGCCAUGCAGUUAGAGUCUGUGCGACGGGAGACGGCGGAGGUUUGCCAAUAUGCAAGUGGCCGACCGGGUGACGCCAUCACUUUACGACGUGUGUCCAAGCGGUAUGGGAACGGUACGUUUUUCACAACUACCGCUAGUGCAGAUGGUGAUCAUCAUCAUAAUCAUAAUGAUAAUGAUAACAAUGAUAAUGAUAACAACUGUGCUGGUGGGAGUCGGCGGCGGGUGACGGCGCUGUCGGACGUGACGCUGGGGGUUCACCGCGGGGAAAUCAUGGCGCUGCUCGGCCUCAACGGCGCCGGCAAGUCGACCGCCGUCGGGAUUCUCGCCGGCACCGUCGUUCCCACCAGCGGCGAGGCGUUCAUCAACCACCACUCCGUCAUGCGGUCGGCCUCCCGCCGCUUCGUCGGCUACUGCCCGCAGAGGGACGCGCUGCUCGACAACCUCUCGCCCCGCGAGCACCUCACUCUCUACGCAGCCCUCCGCGGCGCAAGCCCGGCGUACAUCAGGCGGGAGAUCCCACGCCUCCUGCUCGCAUUGGGAUUGGCCGACAAAGAGAACCGCCCAGCCUACGCACUGAGCGGUGGGAAUAAACGACGACUCGCCCUCGCCUUGGCGUUGGUGGGCGGCACCACGAGUGUUCUGCUUGAUGAACCCACCGCCGGCAUGGACGCCGUGGCGCGGCGGCAAAUGUGUGCUGUGGUGCGGCGACUCACAAAGAAUAAAUCCGUCAUUCUCACAACACACCUGUUAGAUGAGAGUGAGGCCCUCGCAGACCGUGUGGCCUUUAUGUCAAGGGGAAAACUCCGCUGCGUGGGUACACCGCAGGAACUCAAGACGUGCUUUACAGAUGAUGCCGUGUACACCGUGCAGGUCGUCUUCGCUGCUGUCGACAACGCACAAGAAAUGGAUAGCAAUAUCUUAUCAGAGCGUCUCUGUAAGUAUUUCCAAACAUUUGAUGCUGCGAUGGGAGAGGCGGAAUGUACGGUGGAGAGUGUUGUCAGCCGCACGGUGACACUGCAGGUGCGUCGAAGCCUGUCAAGUAUUUGUAGUAUUACAACAGCCAUCCGUGAAGGCGCUCUUGAAGGAUUGCCACCGGUGGUUCAGAUAAGCGCAACACAACCAACAUUGGAGGACAUUCUCUUGAGAGAUUGA